AUGGCGCAACUCAAACCAGUGGAUGGGACUGACGUUUUCCUCUGGAAAUACCUCCCAUCCCUCGCGCUCUCCGCCGUGGCCCUCUCUAUCUUCUCAAUCCUUACUGCCUUACUGACAUGGCGGGUUCACAAAACCAAGCUAUGGUUCUGUAUUCCUUUCGUUGUCGGUGGAAUGUUCCAAGUCAUCGGCUUCGGCAUCCGAAUCGCCGCCCACUAUUAUACAAACGAAAUUCCCCCAUUUGUCCUGCAGAAUAUCUUUAUCCUCCUCGCCCCCGUCUUCUACGCUGCGUCCAUCUAUACUGUUCUCGGCCGUCUUAUCCGUAGUGUACGCGCCGACCGACUGUCCAUCCUUCCACCCAAGUGGAUGACAGUAAUCUUCGUCACGGGAGAUUUUGUGGCCCUCAGCGUACAGGGUAAUGCGGCGGGGCUCACGGCCAAGGAAAACACACGGAAGGUGGGAGAGUCCAUCAUCAUUGGGGGUCUGUUCAUCCAGAUAGCUCUGUUUACCUUCUUUGUCAUUGCCGCCUCGGUAUUCCACGUCCGGAUGCGAAAGGAUCUCAAGGGAAGAUCGGAUCCACCGUUGACCGUGCCGUGGAAGCGCGGCUUGCACAUGAUAUAUGCUUGCAGUGCGUUGAUCAUGUUUCGAUCCGUCUUCCGCGCCGUGGAGUAUAUUAUGGGCGGUGAUGGAUACCUACUCUCUACAGAGUGGCCCAUGUAUGCGCUUGACACUCUCCCUAUGGUUGCUGUGCAGGCUGUCUUCUUAGUGUGGUUCCCGGACGGGUUUUCGGACUAUGAGAGGGAAAGUGGGCAGUAUAUGCGCCUGCUGUUUCUUAAAAGGAAGUCAACUCCUGCCUAG